AUGAGUAAAUUCUUAAAAUUUGGAAUAUGUGGUGUAGAUAUAUCCAUAGAGCUCUCACAUUUAAUUCAUGUACAAAGAAUGUUUAAUGCUUUUGCAAAUACCGUUAGUGGUAAACAUUCAACAUUUGAUAAAUUAGUAGUAUCAACAGUAUCAAGUGAUGUAAACAAAAACUUAUCUGUACCUUAUGACAAUAAGCCAGAAAAAUCUCAAGAUGUAGAAAAUAUUUUAAAUCAGAUAAUACAACUUAGUUUGAACUUAUGCGAUAAUAUUCAGAUAGUUGAUGAAAAUAAUUUGUAUUGCAAAAAGCAAGUGCUUCUACAGGAUACCAUAAAAAAUCAAGUUGAUCAACAAUAUAAUUACAAUAAAGUCCCACAGCCUUAUUGGUUACCUUGCUACAGUCCAUCAUUAUUUUCAAAUUUAUAUCGACACUGUUAUAAUAGUAAUCAAUUUUAUCAAAAUAUAUUCCCAUCAAAUAUAUUGUUAAGGCAAUUUCACACUCAACAAGUACAGAGGAAGAAAUAUAAGAAACAUAAAUACAUAGAUAACAGUGCUGGUACCAAUAUCAUGUCUUUAAGAUUGUGGGAAAAUACAUGUGAGAAAAUCAGUGGAACCCCUGGUUUUAUUUUUACUUUAAUGUCAUACAAUGUUCUUGCUCAAGAUUUAGUGGAACAGCAUCCUUAUCUUUACAAGGAGCAUGACUCAUCUUCUUUGUCUUGGCCUACCAGGUGGAAAAAUCUAUUUGAAGAAAUUUCUCAGUUUAAACCAGAUAUUCUUUGCCUUCAAGAAGUACAAGAAUCCCACAUUGUUGAUUAUUAUUCAACUCUGAAGAUUUUGGGUUAUGAUGGAAUUUUUAAAAAGAGAACAGGUAGCCAAAGCGAUGGUUGUGCUAUCUAUUACAAAUCAGACAAAGUUAAAAUGGUAGAUUAUAACCUGGUGCAGUUUUACCAGUCCGAUAUACCUGUAUUGAAUAGAGAUAAUGUAGGCAUUGUUGCAAAAUUUGUACCAACAUUGCAUCCCACAAGAGAAUUUGUCGUGGCAACCACUCAUCUCCUGUACAAUCCUCGUAGGGAUGACGUGAGGAUGGCACAGAUGCAUCUACUCUUGACUGAUAUUGAGAAAAUGAGUUACAAAAAUGAUAAAGGGAAUAUACAUUACUUGCCUAUAAUACUUACCGGUGACUUCAACUCUCCACCGCACUCCGACUUAUACGAAUUUAUUACACAUGGUGAUAUUAAGUAUGAAAAUUUAGCAGAACCGCUUAAAACACCUGGAGAUUCUAGGAAACAGCAACUUGUUACCUCUUCCUUGGGAAUCACAGACAAUAGCGAAUAUUUAAGAGAACUUCAACAGAGGCUCAAAGAAUGUUCAAUUAUAGAUAUAACCAAAGAUAAAGACGAUUCAGAUCUAAAAUCGAGUUCGGAUAAAAGACAAUGUGAUAAAUCGCUUCAGAACAAUAAUAAGUAUAAGAAAAGUAAAAGUCUGUCACACAAUUUUGGUUUAAAAUCGGUGUACAAACAUGGAUCUGGACCAACUGCAGAAGGAACUACUCAUCAAGACGAAUGGUUGACUGUAGACUACAUAUUUUACAGCAUAAAGAAGAAAAAUAAGAUCCAAAGUGAUAAGUUACAACUACUGUCAAGAUACAGAUUACCCUUAUGUCAAGAGUUACAGGGCGUACGAAUACCAAACUCUUUUAUAGGAUCCGAUCAUUUAUCCCUUAUUGCGAAAUUCAAGUUAGAAUUUUGA